AUGACGAAAAUCGAAGAAAGCAUCCAUUCAACAACAGUCGAGAUGGAGAGUUCACGUCUAAUGAAACUCCCGUUUGAAACCCUCGAGGCUAUCUUCUCCCAUGUAGACCCAGAGGAUCUAGUCAGCCUGUGUUUGGUUUCAAGGUCGGUCAGGGAGCAUGCUGCUUCUCGACUCUACCGAUCUCUCGAAUGCAUUCUCCAGCCCAAGAGCGAUCUCGAGCACAAGUGGCCGAUUGACCGCCUCGCGAAGGAACUGGAGACAUUGACAACAAGUGAUUUCAACUAUGCGGCAUAUAUCAAAUCAAUAUACUUGGACACAGCCCCGCUUACCGAUGAUAAUGACUAUCAGUUCCAAGAGCAGAUAGCAGAUCAGUUUAAAUAUGAUACCCCCUGUGGAAAAUUUUUCAACAACCUCCUUCUUGCGUCAAUCAAGAGGAUAUCAACACUGGAAUCCUUUCGAUGGAACGCGGGCCUUGAACUCAAUCCGGCAGUCUUUGCGGCGCUUGCAAAGAUCCCAAGCUUGCAGCAUAUAUGCAUUCGAAUGCCUGCGGGCGUAGAACCUAUUCAGAAAAAGUCUACGCCAGCUCCUCCUCCAGGCCCUCCGACCCAGCCACUGCCUCUUCCAGUUCAGCUCAACCAAAUUCAUAUGCAUUCAGCACCUCCAAUGGCCUCAGUUAAUCAUCUAUCCCACAAUUCUACAGGCUGUCAAACAAGCAGCGUUCAAGACGAGGAAGAGCUUUACCAGCCUCUCCCUCCUCCACCUCCUGGUCAACCUGCGGCCUUUACUUCAUCUAGCUCCAGGAACUCUGAGGUCCGGCGUGAACGUCUUGCCCAAGAACAGGUUCUUGCCCGCCUUUUCAGCUUAGAAAUUGACAAGAAUUCGAUGUCACAGAAAGAGUCAAAUGAGCUUGUUGACAACGCUAUUACCGGUACAACCAAAGGUCUCCAGGUUAGGGACGAUGCAGAUUUAUCCCUUAUUAAUGACUUAAAGUCAGUUUUGGAAAAGCUCAACACACAACAGCCAAAAUAUCAAGCUGUCAUAGCCGAGAUUGAAAAGGUUACAGGCCCUUAUCAGGAUUCCGAGAAAGAGCCGGGUAAUGAAACACAGCAAGGUGAACAGUCAACCGCUCCAGCCGCUGUCUCUUCAGGCGAGAAAGAUGGCGAUAACGCCGUAGCGGCUGAUGGCAACAAGGAGAGCAAAGAGCAUGAACCGAAGUCCGGUGAUACGGAUACCCUCGUUACAGGUGAUGCUGAAGACAUGGACCUAGAGAAGCGUUUACAAACCCUUGUAGACAUGGAACAUCCUGAUGACAUUAGUGAAGGAGAAGAUCAGGAGUUUGUUGAUGAAAUGAUCGAUACUGCACCACGUCUAAAAGCGAUGACCAAUGGCACGGUGCAUUUUGGUAAAUCAAAAGGCAAAGGACCUGCUAAUAAGAUACCAGCCGACAAUGACGAUCAUAGCAUAAACGAACACGAUGUCAUUCAUAAUUAUGUUCGCCAACAUCAUGGCAUCGCGCUUGACAGUCUCUCAAUUUAUUUGGUUCCAGUCAAACCCUCCAUCCUUUGCCGAGGCAUCAACGUCUGGACUCUGAGACAUAUCUCCUUGCUCAAUGUUGGUCCGCAGAGGGCAUUAUGGGCCACGCUGGAGAAUCUAAAUAGAUAUAAUCCUAUUCCGCUUCUCUCUGUUCACACAGACAAUGUGACCAGCAACCUGCUGUCCUUCCUUGGUGGCCUACAACGCCUAGAGGAACUAUUUAUGAUAGAGCGUAGUACUCGCUCUAGAGUAGAGCCUUCUACUCCCAAACCUACUGUUACAGUUGAAGGGAUGCGCAAUCUUGUGCUCGCAAAACAUAUUGGCACACUGAAGCGGUUGAUGAUAAGAAAUGACAACGAUUUAAGCUGGUCUUUGGAUCCAGCAUCCGUUCUACUCAUGGCUAGAAACGGCCACAAGUUGAUUGAACUAGUGGCCCACCUCGGCUCCCGGUGCUUUCAUUUACUGAUGCGACAUAUGAGCACAAUGGAGUCUCUCAGUGUACUCCAUGUUCUUUUCUCGGACCCAGAUUACUGCGUUAGUGUCCUGGACGAGGUACGGGAGUCUGCUAUUGAUAACUUCGCGCACUACUCCUCUGUCAAGGACGUCUACAUUGGCGUGAGCUAUGCCUCCGGUGGGCCUGUGCAAACACGCUGUACCUUCAUGAGAUUCCGUAACAGAAAUAGCUUGACGACCAAGGAAGGCCGAACAUUCGACUCCAACGACAACGAUGCGGCUGAUAUUGUCGAAGAUUUUAUCAACACCGACCCAUCAACUUGUGUAAUCCUCUCAGAGGUUGCUCAUUUUGAAGACACACCGGGAGUCAAAGUUUGGAAGAAAGAAAAUUGGAACUUAAUGUUGUGA